GAUCUUUGCCGUUUCCCUUCUAUUGGCGGAGGCGGAUGCCCGAGCGAUCAUGCGGUUCCGUCGCUAGGUCGCCUGACGCGGACCUGGACGAGUUCAGCGGCCGCCAUCGGGCGAUGCUCUGAUCUCCGCGCUGCUCCAUCAUGCUCCGGCGGCUGCCCUUGCCGUGCAUCAUCGCGCUGGCCACCUCUGUGCUGGUGCUCGGAGAUUACGACUCGGCUCAACUCGACGGGGCUCCGCCUUCUAAAAUAGCUAUAGUGGGAGCCGGGAUCGGUGGUACAGCUACGGCCCAUUUCCUGCGCCAGCACUUCGGACCAGAGGUGCGCAUCGACGUUUUCGAGAAUGGCACCGUCGGAGGGCGGCUUGCCACGGUUACCGUCAACCAUCAGGAUUACGAGUCCGGGGGAUCCAUCAUUCACUCCCUCAACUUGCAUAUGCAGGACUUCGUCAAGCAGCUUGGUCUUAAGCACCGGCGGAGCGUGGCGGGGAAGACCGCCGUGUUUAACGGGAAGGAGUUCAUCCUGGAGGAGACCGACUGGUACUUGCUGGAUCUCUUCCGCCUUUGGUGGCGCUACGGGAUCAGCUUCAUCCGCCUGCAAAUGUGGGUGGAGGAGAUCAUGGAGAAGUUUAUGAGGAUCUAUAAGUACCAAGCCCACGGUUACGCCUUCAGCUCCGUGGAGGAGCUGCUGCACUCCCUGGGGGGCACUGGCUUCCUGAACAUGACCCGGCGCUCCCUCUCCGAGUCCCUCCUGGAGCUGGGGGUGUCCCAGCGCUUCAUCGACGAGGUCAUCGCCCCCAUCAUGCGAGUCAAUUACGGACAGAACAUCAGCAUCCCGGCUUUUGUGGGUGCAGUGUCGCUGGCUGGUGCUCAGGCGAACCUUUGGGCGGUAGAAGGCGGAAACAAGCUGGUUUGUUCCGGUCUGCUGAAGCUGGCCAAGGCUAACCUCAUUCAGGCUCAGGUCACAGCCAUAUCGCCUCACACAGCAGGGGAGUCCAGCCUGUACCAAGUCAACUAUGACACUCCGACGGAGACCGGCACGGAGCUCUAUGACAUCGUGGUGGUGGCCACCCCCCUGCAGGACGGGGUGGGUCCGGGCAUCUUCUUCGAGGGCUUCGAGCCGCCCCUUCCGGAGAUCACCGGCUCCUACCACGUCACGGUGGCCUCCAUCGUCCACGGCUACCUCAACUGCUCCUACUUCGGCUUCCCCGACCCCAAGCUCUUCCCCUUCGCCAGCGUCCUGACCACCGACACCCCGGGGCUCUUCUUCAACAGCGCGGCCAGCAUCUGCCCCGUCAACAUCAGCGCCGGCUUCCGCCGCAAACAGCCGCAGGAGGCCGGUAUCUACAAGGUUUUCUCCCAGAAGCCACUCGGCAAGGAGGAACUCAAGACGCUCUUCAAGUCAUACUACUCGGUACAAGUGAGGGACUGGCAGGCCUAUCCUCACUACGGAAGCACGCAGGGUCUGCCUCCCGUCAUACUGCAUGAGAACCUCUACUACCUCAACGGUAUGGAGUGGGCAGGCAGCGCGAUGGAGAUGAGCUCCGUGGCGGCCAAGAACAUCGCCCUGCUGGCCUACCACCGCUGGAACCGGCAGCUGGAGAUGAUCGACCAGAAGGACCUGAUGCACAAGAUCAAGGCCGAGCUGUGAACCCGUGGCCCCAGUGGAUCACUGAGCUUGACUUCCUGGUAGCAGGAGAAUCGGCGGGUGGGCGUGGAAUGCUGGUUCACACUGGCCGACGUGACGGCGACUGCAGUCUCCGAUUUUCUUUCCUCAACCGUCUCGCGCCUCUCAUCGGUGGAGCGUCUCGUCACACGGGGAGGAUUUUAAAACAAAUGGUUUCAAUCGAGUUUGAAUUCCUGUGGUGAGGUGUGCGAGGGUAUGUGUUCUGUACAGGAAUUUGCAGUUGAUCAGUUGCAGUGGUGACACGGAUGAUGUUCAGCACUGUCCCGUAGACAUUUUACUGGACGGGCUACUUGAACUGAAGAAGACUUCAGUGAUAUGAAGAGUCUAACCUGCUGGCCUGACACUGCAUUUGAGUUCUUUAUUUUCUGAGACUCCGUCAGAAACUCUAGUCUGCUUCGAUUAGGUGGAUUUAUUGAUUUUCAUUGCGUAAUUUCUAAUGGACACACAAUGGAAAGCAGUUUUUGUUUUGUAAAUUGGGCGCGUAGGAGAGCAAUACUGGCAAAUGAAGGAGCUGUUCAUUUUUAUUAUAACAAGAAUUUUCUUAAAGACUUCAAAGGGUUAAUGUGAAUUCAGUUGAUCGUUAAUACUGCAGACACUGGGAUAAACGUGGCAUUUUUAAGUAGAAUUUCGAAUAAGUUGUCAGGUCUUAAGGUUAAGUUUCUUAUACGUUUCAUAGUAUGCUGUCAUUCCUUUCAAAAUCUGGACUUUUGUCACAAAAAAAUGCAUUUCAGUAUUUAAAUAUUCUAAAUAUUUUACUACGUGACUGGAGGUUUAAAAUGUCUUAAUCUAGCACUAGAAAUAAUUCACUACUGAAAACAACUGUGAAGGAACAUCGUUAUGUCGAUAAUGUGAAAUAUUUAUACAUUUGUUAUUAAUCUGAGUAGCGAUUAACGUUGUCGCAAAAUACUAAACCAAGCAGCAGCUUUAAAAAGAAACGUCACUUUUGAUAAAUCGUAUUGAGUGAAAUGCAAUUGAAUAUCUUUUGUGUCCAUAAUUAUGUAAAAAAAAAAUUAAACCAUUAUUAAAGUGCUAAGAUACAAAUA